AUGACCCCCUUGCACAUCGCUGUUAUGAAGCAGGAUACGAAAACUGUUGAAACCAUCUGCAAAGUUCUUCAGAACAUGAAAGAAUCAAAAGAAUUGAUUUACAUAGAUCAGCGUGAUGAGUGUGACAAUACUGCACUGUCUUAUGCAAUAUUAAAGGCUUCCUUGCCCAUUGUACAAGCCCUCGUCCGUGUCGGGGCUGAUAUCAAUCGCAGAGAUCGCUUCUCCACGCCUCUCAUGGACGCGUGCUAUCAAGGCGAUGAGGAAAUCAUUUUAUAUUUGAUGGACUGCGGCGCCGAUAUUGCCAUCCGUAACUCCUUUGGUCAAUCUGCGCUAGAGUACAUCAUGAUCGGGAAGAGCCGGAAAAAACAUGAUUUACUGCGGCAACUAGGACGUUCGGCAAGCCAACCACAGCUUAAUCAAGCACUUCUACAUGCUUUCAACACCUCAAAGGAAUUCUGCCCGAUUCUGGUGCAGUGUGGUGCGGAUCCUCGAGACGUGGGUCUGGAAACGGAACAUUACCUUUCCCAUUUACAUACGUCUGAGCUCCUGGACAGUCAAACGGAGCCUUCCGAACCAGUCCCAGGUAAUCCUACACAGCGCGUCGGAGACAUCGAUCCGGAUAACCAACAUAUUGAGAUCGCACACCGAUUUUCAACAGAGUCUAGUCCUCAGAGAACAUGGGAACGGCGAGAGAGCGACGACAGGCUUCUCACUCGUCUGGCCUGUGUAUGUUCAAGGGAUGAAUAUCGACGAACCGAUGCAUGGUUUCUUGUCGGAAGAGCUAUCGUGCUCAUUGUACGCCUCGGUCCAAUCGAUAUGUGUACGUACGUUGUACAUCCUACGUGGUGCAUUCAUGUUACGGCGCUGCAAGAUGUUUCAGACCCUCAAAGUCGAAUCCCCAACAUAAAGGUUCUCGAUUCACGCGAAUUUAAGCGCCGCAAGUAUGGAUAG